AUGGCGUCUAGGUGGACCUACUUCGGGAUCGCCGUGUUGCUGUUACUCGUGACAUUGACGGUGAACGGCAAUGGAGAUGACACCGAAAGAGUGGCGAAGACGUUGGAACGUUCGCACCUCAAGCAUCUCCAGCAAAAGCGACUGAAGGACGCAUCUGUUCAUCGCAAUAGAAAAGACAAGCUUGAGAAACAGUUCGAAGAAAAACGCAACCAGGAAGGAUGGCCAACCCGUCUUGGGAGGAAGGCGUCUUUUCAAGAGAACGAUGACUAUCUCGUGAGGGAUUUGCAUACCAGGACUGAGAACGACUGUCAUCAGAGCUAUGACUGGGCGGGACGUUUGAGAUGGGUUUGCAGUGACAAGGAGCUCCAGGAGGAAAUGAAUUCGUUCUGGGAUCGGUUUUCCGGACGUCGGUAA